CUCAGCCAUGUGGGGGCCGCCUGAACUCCAAGGAUGCUGGGUACAUCACCUCCCCAGGGUACCCCAAUGACUACCCCUCCCACCAGAACUGCGAGUGGGUCAUCUACGCCCCUGAAUCCAACCAGAAGAUUAUCCUCAACUUUAACCCUCACUUUGAAAUCGAAAAACAUGACUGCAAGUAUGACUAUAUCGAGAUCCGAGAUGGGGACAGUGAAGCGGCAGACCUGCUGGGCAAGCACUGUGGGAACAUAGCACCUCCUACCAUUAUCUCUUCUGGCCCCUCUCUCUAUAUCAAGUUCACCUCGGACUACGCACGGCAAGGUGCUGGCUUCUCCCUGCGUUACGAGAUCUACAAGACAGGCUCUGAGGACUGCUCCAGAAACUUCACUGCCUCCAACGGCACAAUUGAGUCCCCAGGUUUCCCUGACAAGUAUCCACACAACCUGGACUGCGUCUUCACCAUCAUAGCCAAGCCAAAGACAGAAAUCUUCCUCCACUUUCUGCUUUUUGACCUCGAGCACGACCCACUGCAGGCAGGGGAAGGAGACUGCAAGUACGACUGGCUGGACAUCUGGGACGGCAUCCCUCAGGUCGGACCCUUGAUAGGCAGGUACUGUGGCACUAAGAUGCCAUCUGACAUCCGUUCAACCACCGGCGUACUCUCGCUUACCUUCCAUACGGACCUGGCAGUGGCUAAAGAUGGUUUCUCUGCUCAGUACUACUUGAUCCAGCAGGAAGUCCCAGAAAACUUCCAGUGCAACGUGCCGCUGGGGAUGGAGUCUGGCAGGAUCUCCAACAUGCAGAUUAGUGCCUCCUCCACCUACUCAGAUGGGCGAUGGACCCCUCAACAGAGCCGACUCAACAGUGAUGACAACGGCUGGACCCCUAAUGUAGACAGCAACAAAGAGUACCUCCAGGUGGACCUCCACUUCCUGACUGUGCUCACAGCCAUUGCCACACAGGGUGCCAUCUCCAGAGAAACCCAGAAUGGCUACUAUGUCCGUACCUACAAGCUGGAGGUCAGCACCAAUGGGGAGGACUGGAUGAUGUACCGACACGGGAAAAACCACAAGACAUUUCAGGCCAACGAGGAUGCUACAGAGGUCGUUCUCAACAAGAUUCACAGCCCGGUGCUUACACGCUUCGUGCGCAUCCGUCCCCAGAGCUGGCACAAUGGCAUCGCCCUGAGGCUGGAGCUGUAUGGCUGCCGCAUCACUGAUUCACCUUGCUCCAACUUGCUGGGAAUGCUUUCUGGCCUCAUCCCUGACUCACAGAUCUCAGCCUCUUCCAUCAGAGGCUACGACUGGUCUCCCAGCAUGGCCCGCUUGGUGAGCAGCCGGUCGGGCUGGUUUCCCCGCAUCCCUCAAGCUCAGCCUGGGGAGGAGUGGUUGCAGGUGGACCUUGGCGUCCCGAAGAAUGUCAAAGGCGUUAUUAUCCAGGGGGCUCGCGGAGGAGACAGCGUGACCACCACUGAGUCCCGCUCCUUUGUGAAGAAGUUUAAGGUGGCCUACAGCAUGAAUGGAAAGGACUGGGACUUUAUCCAGGACCCCAAAACGAUGCAAGCCAAGCUUUUUGAAGGCAACAUCCACUACGAUAUCCCUGAAGUCCGGAGGUUUGACCCUGUUCCUGCCCAGUAUGUCCGAGUGCACCCAGAGAGGUGGUCCCCAGCGGGAAUAGGAAUGCGCCUGGAAGUGCUGGGCUGUGACUGGACAGAUGUAACGCCCACUGCAGAGACACUGGUGCCCACUUUGAAGAGCGAAGAGACCACCACCCCAUACCCAACUGAUGAAGAGGCAACCGAGUGUGGUGAUAACUGUGGAGAAGAGGAAGAUUUCCACCUCCCUGCAAACUUCAACUGCAACUUUGAUCUCCCUGAAGACCUCUGUGGUUGGUCGCACGACUUGGCAAUGGGUUAUACAUGGUCUUUUCAGCCUGCAAGCACCUGGAUUGGCAACUCUGAACCAAGCCCUGAGGCUGUGCCUGAUGGCAAGAAUUACCUGCAGCUGCAGAGCAGCGGAAGGAGGGAAGGUCAGCGAGCCCGGCUUAUCAGCCCCACCAUCUAUCUGCCCCAGAGUGCUGUCUGCAUGGUCUUCCAGUACCAGGCAUGGGGCAGCAACGGGGUGAUGCUGCGGGUCUGGCGGGAGGCCAGCCAGGAGCACAAGGCUCUAUGGGUCAUCACAGAGGAUCAAGGGGAGGAGUGGAGGGAAGGCCGCAUCAUCUUGCCAAGCUACGAUAUGGAGUACCGGAUUGUGUUUGAGGGAUUUAUACGCAAUGGCCACUCAGGAGAGCUCGCCCUUGAUGACAUCCGGCUAGGCACUGACAUCCCGCUGGAGAACUGCAUGGAACCCAUCACAGCUUUCCCAGGGGCAACCCUCCUGCCAGGGACCGAGCCCACAGUGGACACGGUGUCAGUGCAGCCCAUCCCAGCCUACUGGUAUUACGUUAUUGCCGCCGGAGGUGCUGUUGUGGUGCUGGUCUCCGUCGCGCUGGCCCUUGUGCUCCACUACCACCGGUUCCGCUAUGCGGCCAAGAAGAGCGAUCACUCCAUCACCUACAAAACCUCCCACUAUGCCAACGGGGCCCCUGUGGCCGUGGAGCCCACCCUAACCAUAAAACUAGAGCAAGACCCCAGCUCGCGCUGCUGA